AAUGACUUGACACUUUUUUUGUACCUUGUGAUGCUGCAAAUGACGGACACAAACAACACGGGGCAACCGCUCAUAAUAACCGUGAGCGUUAACAUAAAAUAUACUGUACAUGCGCCGCUUCCCGCAUGAUAGAUGAUAUCAACAGCGUGGUAAGCCUCCAGCGACGCCGAACCGCAGCAUUAGCUGAAACUAGCAUCACAACAACAGAUGUAGCCAAUGAAAUGGCGUAUGAUGAGAGACUUGCACUUUUCCGCCAAACCCGCCUCAAUCCCUUCGAUCGGGGAGAGGAAGAAGAUGGUCCCCAAGGAGGCCGGACGCCCCCGCAGCACGAAGCAAGACCUGAGCUGUACUUUGGCAGCAGAACCCACAGUUCAGAUCGAACCAUGGAUCUUGGUCUAGCUGAGGAUCACUUCUCAAGGCCUAUGGGCUCUUUUGUGGCGUCCGACAUCGAACACCUGAAACAGGCCAUAGAGGAGUGUAAGAAGCUGAUCUUGGAGCUGCCAGAACAUUCAGAGAGACAGAAGGACACCGUGGUGAAACUUAUACACCUUCGUCUCAAGCUGCAGGAGCUAAAGGACCCUGAAGAAGAUGAGCCUAAUCUGAGAAUCCUGCUGGAGCACCGCUUCUCCAAGGAAAAGAGCAAAAGCGUGAAACAGACGUGUGACAAGUGUAGCGCUAUCAUCUGGGGCCUUAUCCAGACUUGGUAUACUUGCACAGGUUGUUAUUACCGUUGCCAUAGUAAGUGUAUGAACCUGAUCACUAAGCCCUGUGUGAGGUCAAAGGUCAGCCACCUGUCAGAGUACGAGCUCAGCAUCUGCCCUGAAAUAGGACUCGACCGACAAGACUACCGGUGUGCAGAAUGUCGCACACCUAUUUCCCUGAGGGGCGUGCCAAGUGAGGCCAGACAGUGUGACUACACAGGCCAGUAUUACUGCAGCACAUGCCACUGGAACGACACAGCCAUCAUCCCAGCUCGUGUCAUCCACAACUGGGAGUUUGAACAACGCAAGGUAUGUCGCUCCUCAAUGCGCUACCUGGCCCUGAUGAUGUCACGACCUGUGCUGAGGCUGAAAGAAAUCAACCCUCUGCUAUUCAACUUUGUGGAGGAGCUCGUGGAGAUUAGGAAACUUCGUCAGGAUAUUCUGUUGAUGAAACCCUAUUUUAUUACCUGUAAAGAAGCAAUGGAGGAGCGGCUGCUUUUACAGCUACAAGAUCGGCAGCACUUUGUGGAGAACGAUGACAUGUACUCACUACAGGAUUUAAUCGACAUCUUCAGUGGCAGACUCAGCUGUUCCCUCACAGAGAUCCACACUACUUUUGCGAAGCACAUCAAACUAGACUGUGAGCGUUGUCAGGCCAAAGGAUUUGUGUGUGAGCUGUGUAAGGAGGGAGACAUCCUGUUCCCUUUUGACAGUCACACAUCCGUCUGCCACGACUGCUCCGCUGUCUUCCACAGAGAUUGUUACUAUGACAACUCCACAACUUGCCCGCGAUGUUCCCGAAUGACCGAGCGCAAGCAGGACGAGGUGUCAGAGGUGAAAGAUUCAUAACUCUGUAGAGGACCGCAGGAUAUUACAGGAGGUUGCACUUCGCCUCAUGUUGAGUUCAUGUCAAAGUCUUUCUGCCUUUGUCUUAGCUUUUUUGUGUGUGUAUGUUUAAACUGUAGUGUCUUCCUGUGCACUACAUUAUGAAGCAUGGUACUUAAAAACCCCAUCUGGAAAUGAAUGUAUAAAUAGAUAUUUUUUAGCAAAAUCACACUGUAAUUGGGUGUACUGAACACUGUAGGUAUGCUUGUGAGGUAUUCACAUUAGAGUUUGUGUUUGCUUUUAUAAAUGUACAAAAUAAAUGCCGGACAUUGAAAAGCUACCUGGAAGUAGGUGAUUGUUCAGUACAUGCAGGAGUUAUAUAGUAUAUUCAUCUCUACAAUUCUCGACUGCAUUAACCUAUACAGCCAACUUCGCUGAAUACUUAACUUUUAGGUUGCUAUAUACAACAGCAGUGAAUUUUAUCGAGUGUAUCUUCAGCCUCCAAAGACAAAAUUGCAAAACUAUUAUGACCAGAAAUUUUGUUAACUUAUUUGUUGGUUGUUAUUUUUUUAGGUCAUGUAAAUUAUUAUUACGUUAUUAAAAGGCAGUGUUCAGUUUCCUUACAAUAACUUAACCUUUUCCUUAUAAUAUAUUGAUUAAAUCUGUUAGAUUUUGUGAUCAUAACAUCACUGCAACUUCUUUUUUUAAGAUUUUUUUACACAUUCUAUCAUAAGUUCCAACACUGUUUGUUUCACAAGUGCUGACCCUAAAGCAGUCUGCUCUCAUCCUCCGACCGUGUCACAUGACUUAAUUCCUUUCAGGGCCAUUAUCUGUUGAUCUGGUUAACAUUUCAUAACAUUUUUAGGCCUUAAAACAACAUCACUUUGUAGCAUCCUCUUUGCACAUUACCACACAAGUCAUACAAUUGUUUGACAAUAAUUUAUCUCCAUUAAAACCAUAAUUUUUAAUUAUUGUAUAUAAGAAAAGCAUGUAUUACCAGUACAUUUCAUUGUUAAUUAGAAUAGAAAAUGAAUUCAAAAUUAAUUUCAGACCGUAUUAUCUGUGUUUACUCUGCUUCGGUUCAGUGCAGUGUGUAGUGAAUAGACGUGGAUACUCAUGAACAAUGUGUGCCUAAGAUUUUCAGGUAACGUACAGCUGUUAAAAUCAUGUUAAUGGUUUUCGGUCCUAAAGUAUCUAUAGCACAUUUUGUCAGGAUAUGACCAAGAUGUUAAGUGACAACUUUGGUAAUGUGAAAAUGUUGACCUCAUGUUUUUUGUUUUAAAAACAGUGACUUUUGACUGCCCUGUUGUCAAGUCAUGUGGAGUAAAGCAUGAAUAAAGUAAUGAAGUAUAUUAA